AACUGUCAAAGUCAGCUGGUUGAGGUUUAAGGUCUUAGUAUCUAAAAAAAUUUAUAGCCUUUGAGAUAGUACCACAUCAUGUUUCUGUUCAUGGUCUCUUGUUAUUUUAAACUUUGUUAAAUUGAAAACUAAUUUUUUUAAGAUGACUGCUGUCACAAUUGUGGAUAAUCCAGAUCUAAAUAAUGCUUUAAAAACUGAUGAUUUUCAUUUGGAAACUGCUAUAGAACAUCGGAAAAGAUGGUUAUCUAUCAGACUCAUGUAUUUUACUGUAUUUUUAAUGUCUUUGGGUUUUGGCAUUGCCAUAACUGGUAUUUGGCCAUACCUCCAUAAGUUGGAUAAAGAUGCUGGAAAGGAAUUCAUGGGCUAUAUCAUUGCAGCUAAUCCAUUUGGACAAAUGCUGUUUUCUCCAGUAAUUGGUCUUUGGGCUAACAAAAUUAACUCUACAAAGAAGCCCUUCAUUUUUACUUUAGUUUUAUUUAUUGUUUCAAAUGCAAUGUAUUCUUCAUUAGAGCUUAUUGACUCUUAUAGACGUUAUUGGAUGCUAGCUACACGCCUGUUGGUUGGAAUAAGUGCAGCAAAUAUUGCUAUAUGUCGAUCAUAUUUAUCUGCUGCUACCAAACUUCAGGAAAGAACUGGAGCUGUCUCAAUGAUAUCACUUGCACAAGUUCUUGGAUUCAUUGUUGGUCCAGGUUUGCAAUCUCUAGUUACUCCCCUAGGAGACGAAGGUUUUCCCUUGAUUAAAGGGAAGCUUUCAAUGAACAUGUACACAGCAGCUGGAUGGAUUAAUGUAUUACUUGGCAUCAUAAAUCUUAUCCUGUUUGCAUUUUUCAAAGAGAGACCCAUUGCAGCUAAAGAGGCUAUGGUUCUGUGUGGUGCUACUUCAGAGAAGGCAGCCUGGAAGGGUCUAAAACCUGAUUAUCUUUCUGCAUGGACUCUCAUCGUUGCAUUUUUCGUCUUAACACUUAACUUUGUGCUUCUUGAAACAAUUGGAGUAAUGUUGACAAUGGAUCAGUUUGCCUGGACUGAUAAACAAGCUGUCUCCUAUCUUGGAAUCUUAUUGUCUAUAGGAGGAGUUCUUGCUUGUAUCACAAUGGCUGUUUUAAAGUCCAUCUCAAAGUGGUUGAAUGAAGUUUUAUUACUGCUUUGGGGAGGAUUUCUUCUAAUGGUGAUUGGUAGAGCAAUUUAUAUUCCGUGGGGUCCAGACCCUCCUGUUAUUGCUUAUGUAUCCAAUGCUACAAAUUCGACAGAAGACAUACUAGGCUGCCCAGAUAUUCAAGAAUGGUGCCUGUACACUCCUGCUUUGACCCUUACACAGUUCCUGAUUGGUUUUCUUCUGACUUGUAUCGGUUAUCCACUUGGGAUAACUUUAAUUCAGACCAUUUUUUCAAAAGUGCUUGGUCCCAGACCUCAGGGAGUAUGGAUGGGCUGGAUGACUGGUUCAGGCUGUUUUUCAAGGGUUGUUGGACCUGUCAUGGUGUCAUAUUUAUAUACAAGAAUGGGUACUAUAUGGACCUUUGGCCUUACAACUGUUAUGAUGGUGGCUGCGAUGAUAUGGCUUCGUAUAGUUUUGCGGAGACUUCAGAAAGCCUGUCUUAAAAAUUAUCAAAUUGAUGGGAACGAUGCUCCAAGUCCAGAGAUGGAAAUAGUCGACACAACAAGAGAUAGUUGACACUUUUAUUUUAAUCAUAUUACUUAUUGCAGUCAGAACCAAUUUUUAUGCUCAAUUAUUUUCGUAAGCUAAAUAUUGCCAGGUAAUUAGUUAAAAGAUAGUUUGUUGAAUUGUAAAGAUAUAUUUUAAUUUUUUAACUAUAUGGCAUUGGCCAUUAUUGUAACUAUUUUUACUUAAAAUUAUGUUUUCCACUCUUGAUAUUGAGGUAUAAAAGCACAAUCAUCUUAUGCCCGAAUACCUAUUUUUUCAGUACAAGCAUAAAAAACUUUAUCAUUUAUAUUUGUAAUUUUGUAGUUAUUCUAAGAUUAGCUCUGAUUUUUGUACGUUUUGUCCUGAAUAACAGAUUUGAAAUUAGAGGGGGGAAAACUUUUACUUCUUAUCAGAUUAUAGUAUUUAUAGAGUAUUUCAUUUUCAAGGCACUACUUCUAGAAGUGCUAAAAAAAAGUGACAUUUAUAAUAAGCAGACACAGGGGUGCCCAUUCUCCCCAAGGUCAAUGGCCUAAGAACCUAUCUCUCCCUCCUCCUUCCAAGAUAUUUUAGUAGUCAUUUUUGCUUAAAAACAAAGCAAGCUUUAGCUGUUAAGUCCUAAUCUUAAUAGAAUUAGAAAAAUCGUAGAUCAUAUACAAUUACACUUGCUGCGGUCUGUUCCACGCAACUUGCGCCAAGAAACCCCCUUUUGAGCACCCCUGAGUGGACAUAUAAUAAUUGUGCUUUUAGCCUUCAAUACGUACUAUUGUUUGUUUUUUUUAAUUUUACAAAUUUUCUUUCAGUUGUUAUUAAGAGGUAUUAUAUUAUUAUAUUUUUAAAAAUUGAACAAGAUGCUAAGUGAUAAUUUUUAAUGUUUAUUCUUUUUAAAGUGGGUAUCUGGUUCUUUUGUGGAUAGAGAGAUAAAACUAAUAGUUGAGCUUGAUUAUUGGCCAGAUAGAUCACCUCCUUGCAUAACAUUGGUCAAGAAACAGUUCUUCCUUACUAAGCUUGAACCCAAGACUCUUCAUGAGUUGUAAUGGAACAGUUCUUUUUUUUUUUCUUUUUCAUUCACAUAAAAUAAAUACUUGAUUGAGACAUCUGGGGGCAUAUCACUUUCUCAUAAUUGAAAAUGAGAUUGUAAAAACGUUUAACAGAUAUUCUAGCUCACAAACAAUAUAAUUGAGAAGUUUUUAUUUAUGUAAUUAAUUUGAUGUAUAUGCUAUGAAUUCGGUAGGCAAAAAUACUAAAUUAAACAGAAAUAUGUGAAAACAAACUUAAAUAAGUUAUCUGUUUUUCUUUUUUUUUUGGUAUGAUGGGCUAUUUUUAUUAUUUAAAAUUCUAACCUCCAGUUUCUUUCCCAUCCCUUCAGUCUUUCUAUUCAAUUUAGAUGCAGAUACAUAAUUGGCUCUUUCUAUGACAAAUUGAGUAUACUAUAGCUUUAAUUAUUAUAUAUUAAAUCUUACAUUUAACAUUUCUUACAGAUGCUGAAUAGAAAUGGCCAGGUAUUCUUUAACGAUUUCUGAGGUGGGAAAAACAAUUUUGCCUGUCUAAUUGUUUAUUUUCAAGACAUUUAGGUUAUCAGACCAUCGUCAGUCGGUUUGAUAGUGUAAAGGGUGGUUGUCCUAAGUAGCCAUGUUCCUCUCCACUUUACACCACCAAACUUUCCCCCCCCCCCUUCAUCCCUACCUUGUCUUUUAGGCUAUACGGGGUUCUCCCGGGCCGGGGGGUGAGGGCGGGGAAUCCAAAAUCGCCUCCAGCACCAGGAAGCGAACUCGUACUUUUUAAUCAUUAAUACAACUUCUGUUAUCUGGUUGCUGGGCAACUCGCGGUGCUGUGCACACCCAUUAGCCCAUUCGUCCACCCUGCCCCGCUUACACCACCAAACUGACUGAUGAUGACCUCACAGCCAAAACGUCUUAAAAAUAAAAAAAAAUUGGUUUUCCGUUCUUAGGAAUCCCUAGUAAAUUGUUUACCCUCACCAUAAGCACAAAUAUAAUAUCCUGAUUUUAUUUCAUAAACCAAAACCCAUUUUGAACCCACAAAUUUUUUAAAUGGCUCAAAACCCCACUAAUUUAAAAAUUUAGUAUUUUUUUUUUUUUUUUUUUUUUUUUUUUCAAUUUCUGAUGAAUAGUAUUAAUUUUUAUUAAACUAGUUUUGUAGUUUUAAGGACUGGAGAGAGAUGUGCUUCCAAAAUUGUCUGAUUCCCUAUAUAUAUUUAUAUUUUUACAUAAAUUUAAUUUUUAAUGUUUCUAAUAUUUCUCAGAGUUUUAUUUAUUCUCAUAUAACAGAAGCAUUCGCAUCAUCACAGUUUAUGGGCCUUUUAAAACUUUUUAAUUUAUUAAGAAACUUUUGAAAAUAUUGUUAUUUAAUAUUUUUUAUUAUUAUUUCGUAGUAACCAAUUUUAAUGACAGGAAAAAAUUUAAGUUAUUAAUGUACUAUAUUUUAUUUUAUUGUCUUGUUUACUAGGCAAGGUUAAUGAAAAUUAGAUUAAAAAAAAAUAAGAACAAGUUUUCUUCAUAAAUAUUUUUUUAAAUAUAAGAAAGUACAAAAUCCUUCUCUGGGAAGAAACUGAUUUGUUUUUUCACAUUAUUAUAAAUGUAAAACCAUUCUAUUAUUAAUACUAAUUUAAUAUCCAAAACAAAACAAACAAAAAAAUUGGCAAUUUCAUUCUAAAAGUCACCAAAUUCAGAUUAAAAUAUUUUUGAAAAAAUCUACUCUGUUUUAUUAUAAUUCACUACUAUUAAAAAGAAAAAAAAAUUGAAGUUAAUUUUAAAUAUGUUACUCCUUUGGAUUAGCCAAGAUUUUAUUAUAAGGAACUCUAUUAUAUAUAUAUAUAUAUAUAUAUAUAUAUAUAUAUAUAUAUAUAUAUAUAUAAUAGAGAAAGGACAUAUCUUGGGUUCAGUAUAAAUCUGAUAGGUUUCACAUGGUCAGGAUCCAGAAUGAAUGCACCGACCAAGCCACUAUUCAAAUGGUGGACUUGCCCCUGCCUCUUUAAGUGGCGACAGCCAAGGCGGACAGGCAUACAUCCCUGCACCACCAGUGACCCAAUUCCUAAUGAUAAGACAUGGCCGUCCGCAGUCAAAGGGUAAACAAAAUAAUAAUAUGUCUUUUUCCUUUGUUACAUCCAUCCUCAAUCCAGGCCUCACAAUACCGAGUCAGCGCUUUUAUUGAAUUCAUAGGUUUUCUCUUCUUUUCACCAAUCCUGGAGAUGUGGUCAAUCCAUAGCAUUAUAGGUCUUCCUCGAGAACAGUGUCCGGUAGACCUGGCCUCAAAAACCUUCUUUGAUCACGGUCCUCAUACAUUCUACAUAGAUGACCAAACCAUCCCAACUGCCUCUUUCUCUCAAAGAUGCCACUCCCAGGUUUCUCUAUAUCCUUUAAUUCCUAACUCUGUCUCUUCUUGUUUUGUCUGCUAUUCUCCGAAGGUGCUUCAUUUCUGCCCCAGUAGCUCUACUCCAGUGCCUGUCCAGUGGGACCCAGCUCUAACUUCCAUAAAUAAGGGUAGGUAAGUAUAUGGACUUAAAGAUAUGUAAUUUUACACUUUUUUCCACCACUGCAUAGCGGGUAGUAUAUGCUGUUAGCUUUCUUAAUUUUGUUUGACAGCUCUUAGUCCAUUUUCCCGCUUCUGCUGAGCACUACUCUGAGAUAAGUGUACUCAUGGGCUGUCUACAAGGUUUCUCCUCUGCAGCGAACCAAAACUUUAAUUAUAUAGCUAACCUCUUCACGACCAAUGUGCAUCACCUUGCUCUAUCCAACAUUUAAUAUCAUGUCCUUUCUUUCUAGCUCAGCCUCCCACUCAGUAACUGCCUGCUGUAGAUUUUCUUUGUAAUUGGAGAUGAGGACAAUAUCAUCUGUGAAAACCAUCACUCGAGCAAGGACUGUCCUCAUGUUCCACCUUCCCUUGACCGUCCGUGUUGUCUAACCCUUGCACAUUCUUAAUAUUUCAUCCAUAAAUAUUAUGAACAGAAGAGGACUAAGGCUGUCACCCUGUCUAACACCCCUUCUCAUUGCGAAGGCCUCGGGCAUUCUUCCGUUAAUUUUAACUAAUUCUGUGGGAACAUUUUUAGUGGCUGAAGCUGUCCAUAUCUGGGGACGGAAUCGAAUGCUCCCUUUAUGUCCCAAAAGGUUUUUCAACUGUAUAUAUUCUUGACUAUGUUCUCCUAUCAUUUUUUAGAAAUUAUGAUUUCUCAUUCUUUUACUGGUUUGUUAUUAAUUACUGAUUCUGUAAAAAGUGAUCCAAGUAGAUUUUGGUAUAUGUUGUGUUAUAAACAUAUGCAUUUUAUACAAAGAAUUAGAGAUUAAAUGUUAAUAAUAGAAUUUUUUUUAAAGUUCAAAGAAUCUAUUUAAAGAAUAGCUUUUAUAUUCUGAGUAUUUUUUUUUUUUUUUUUUGCCAACUCUAUGUAGUUAUCUAGAAAAUAAAUGUUUCCUAACCAGAGUGGGAAUGCUAAGAUUAAUUUUAUGAGCCCUCUCUAAAAUCAUUAUUAACUGACCCUUCAUGAGUGUUCAAGUGUCAAAAUUUAAAUUUUAAUUAAGUCAUAAUUUACAUCUCUUUUGCUUUAGUUAAAUAAAAAAGUUAAUUUAUUUAAACAAAAUAAUUAGUCGCACUGAGUACUAUUUAUUCCUAGUAAAUAACAAUUUUUAUUUUUUGAAAUAGAAUAUUAUAUAUAUAUGAUUUAUUUUUUUAGUGUUAACAUAGAUUUUUUUGGUUCAUGCAUAUUAAUUAUAAAUUGUACUGUUGAAUUAUAUCAUUUUUAUUGAUACUUAUUAAGAUUAUGUAUUUUUAAUUGUUAUGAUUUAUAUAUAAAUAUUUUAGUUUUUGGUUUAUCUCGUAUUUUUAAUUAAAUAUUGUUGUUACGGGUAUAGUUACUUAUUGUUAUAUUAGCUUUUUACUAUAGAGUAAUGUGAAUUCACAUCCAUUUUUUGUUAAACUAUAUAAUCAUAAACAUUAUGAACUUAUGCUCGUAAAGCCUAGUCAGAGUUUUAGAAAUAUUUUAUUUUUAUUGACUAAUUUCACCAUUAUUAUAAAAGCACAAUUGAAUUAUAAAAUAUUACUGCCAUAAUACCAAUUGAUAUUUUUUUACUCUCUGAUAAAU